AAACAAUGUCUUGUGCUGCAUGUUGAAGAAUUACAAAUUCAUGAGACAUUUCUUAGCCAAAUGCGUCUAUGCCCGUACAGUAGAUGGCAGUAUGAUCCAUCCAGGUUUAGUGUUGUCACUUCCUUUUCAGCUCAGAGCCAGAAGAAGAGAGCAGCCAGCGUAGACAAUCCUGGCAUUCUUGUUUUGGGAUAUUUGAUCCCCUUAUUAUAAAUCUAUGUCAAUUCCUGUCAUAACAACCAAAGGAGAAUGGCCAAUAAGAAGAAAGUAAUAGUAACAGGUUUUGAGCCUUUUGGUGAGCAUGCUGUGAACUCCAGCUGGGUAGCAGUACAGGAACUGGAGCGAUUAGGGCUGGGCGAAGCAGUGGACCUUCAUGUGUGUGAGGUGCCUGUUGAAUACCAGGCUGUUCAGGGCCUACUGCCAUCUUUGUGGAAAGAGCAUCAGCCACAGUUGGUGGUCCACGUCGGUGUUUCUGGUUUAGCCACCACUGUCACUCUGGAGCAGUGUGGCCACAACAAGGGUUACAAACGACUGGACAACUGCAGCUUCUGCCCGGCUUCCCAGUGUUGCAUGGACAGCGGCCCGGACUGCAUACACUCAGUCCUAGACAUGGAGACGGUCUGCAAAAGGGUCAAUGAAUCUGGCCUCAGGGUCGCUCUUUCUGUAUCCAAGGAUGCUGGAAGGUAUGUGGAGACACGGACCCUACACCAGACCCUACACCAGACCCUACACCAGACCCUACACCAGACCCUACGCCAGACCCUACACCAGACCCUACACCAGACCCUACACCAGACCCUACACCAGACCCUACGCCAGACCCUACGCCAGACCCUACGCCAGACCCUACACCAGACCCUACACCAGACCCUACGCCAGACCCUACGCCAGACCCUACACCAGACCCUACACCAGACCCUACACCAGACCCUACGCCAGACCCUACGCCAGACCCUACACCAGACCCUACACCAGACCCUACACCAGACCCUACGCCAGACCCUACACCGUAGCCUGACGUGCACCUCUCAAAAAAUGUAACUGCGCGACGCACGUCGCUUCCCCCUACUCAUUUCCGGGUUCUCCUUCUAAAAUAGAAUAUAGAAUUUAAAUAGACAAAGUCAAACUCAUCCUAGAGGGUUUUUUUCGGAUUCGUUUCAUAUACGGUUGAUGUGAAGAAAUAUUGGUCGAUCGGUCGAAAAAUGAUGUCAUAGGUCAUAUGACAAAACGGCAUUUUCGGCCCUUUACAAGAACAUUUUAAAACUCCUCCCAGAAGACUCAACAGAUCCUUCUCAAACUGGGUCAGCAGCAUGUCAAAACUAAACUGCAUGCAAUUUGCAUGUUUGGCUAUAACACAGGACUCUGUUGUAACUUGACUUUUCAGUCUGCCCCAAAUUUCCCAUGCUGGAUAAGAGGCCAGGCCUGAAGACAUCUACAUGUCCAUAUUGAGUCAUAGUCAUAGCGCCACCUACUGACAACAGGAAGUCAGCCUUAUGUGACAAAGAUGAUGAAGAAGAUGUACAUGGUGUGGUCUACAGCAACAUGACAUUUAAUGAGUGUGUGUUCUAUGGUGCACAGGGGAAGUGUUACAAAAAUUGCAGUACAUCAUUUCCAGUGCCACGCACCCAGGAAAUAAUAAAUUAAAUUGUACAUGCAUGGUCAGACGGUUAGGAAAUCCACAGCUGCAUCAACCGGGAUCCCACCAGUACCCCUGACGUGCCGGGAGGGGUGAGGGCCCGUUCAUCACUGCUUGCGGCUUUAAUUAAAGUGCCCAUAUUAUGAAAAAUCACUUUUUCUGGGAUUUGGGGUGU